GGAGGGAAAAAAAAAGGGAAAGGAAAGCAAGAAGAGGAGAGAGGGAGAAGAAAUAACACAAUCCUCUCUCCUUCUCCCUUCAUCCCACACCCACACUCUCUACCAACCCCUCAUCUUUCUCUUUUUUCCUUACAUGUGUUUAAAGAACACCUUUUUGCCGAUAUGCUAUCCAGUGGACAACUGGAAUUGAAGGAGGUCGGAUCGGCCCGUUCUCCACAUGUGCUGGAGGAAGUCGACCGGAAUGGUUCUCUGGACCCCGAGUUGUCCGAUGUAGUCAAGACAGGCUUCACCGUGAACGAUCAGCGAGAUAUGCAGCGCAUGGGCAAGAAGCAGGAGUUACGAAGGAACUUCCGCAUGGCUAGUACCAUUGGUUUCACGACUUGUGUCAUGGGUACAUGGGAGAUUUUGUUGACUUCCAACACUCCUGGCCUGACAGCCGGUGGACGACCGGCUUUGUUCUGGUCCUUGGUAUGGGCGUAUUGUGGGCAGUUUUUCAUCGUUCUCUCCAUGGCGGAGAUGUCAUCUAUGGCACCUACUGCCGGCGGACAAUACCAUUGGGUCUCUGAAUUUGCUCCCCGGGCAUAUCAAAGAUUCUUGAGUUAUGCCUCUGGAUGGCUCUCAACAAUCUCGUGGCAGAGUAUCGUCGCCCUUGACGCGUAUCUGGCGGGAACGAUUGUGCAAGGUCUCAUCUCGCUGAAUGAUGAGAGUUACUCGCCUGCGCGCUGGCAGGGCACGUUGCUCGUUGUGGCUGCAGCCAUCGGCAUGUCAUUGUUCAAUGUCUUCGGUGCGAAGCAUCUACCGUUGGCCGAAGGGAUCUUCGUCACUUGUCAUUUCUUUGCCUUCAUUCCCGUCAUCAUCACGCUGCUCGUGCUGGCCCCCAAGGCCAAGGCAGAAGAUGUCUUCACCGGGUUUACCGAUUAUGGAUCUGGAUGGCCAUCUCUAUCAUGGACGGUCAUGGUUGGCCAGGUGUCUUGCAUGUUUGUCGUUUUAGGCUCUGACUCCGUCGCACAUAUGUCGGAAGAGAUUGAAAACGCCAGUGUUAUUGUUCCCAAGUCGAUGAUAUGGGCGUUCCUCCUGAACAUCCCCUUCGCGUUCGGUCUGCUUCUGACUUACUUGUUCUGCAUGCCCGAUGUGCAAAGUGCUCUCGACUCUCCCACCGGCUUCCCUUUUAUCUACGUGUUCCGUCAAGCCGUCAACAAUACUGCCGGGGCGACUAUACUGGUGGUGAUUGUGCUCGUGUUGAUCAUCAUGAUCACCAUCAGCUCUCUGGCAUCGGCCUCGCGUCAAACGUUUGCCUUUGCGCGCGAUAACGGCCUGCCUUUUUCGACCUGGCUAGGAGAGGUCAAUCCAAGACUACAUAUCCCGGUCAACUCCAUCAUUUUCACCUGCCUCUUCUCUAUCGUCAUGUCACUGAUCAAUAUUGGCUCCACCGUCGCAUUCAACGCCAUGCUCUCCCUAUCGACCACGGCACUGAUGGCCACAUACCUCAUCUCGAUCGGCUGUAUCAUUGCCCGCCGCGUGACCAAUGACCCGCCACUUCCAUCGUCCCGGUGGACGCUGGGGCGCUUCGGCAUGCCGGUCAAUAUCCUGGCGAUGGUGUACGCGAGCUGGUCGUUCUUCUGGAGUUUCUGGCCGAAUGCGUACGAAGUCAAUGCCGAGAACUUCAACUGGGCGUCGGUGCUAUUCGUGGGGCUGAUGGGGAUUUCGACCAUCAUCUACUGGGUGCACGCGAGGAAACAUUAUGAAGGACCCGUGGUGAAGGUCGAGGGCAGGAAGUUCCAGUAGUUCUGUUCACGUGUACGCAUCUCGACAGAGGCGUGUGUGUGUAUGGAGAGAUUGAUGUGGAUGCCAUACCUCCCAAUCCAAGGGGCAUGUAUACUGCCCUUUCCCUUUGUGCCUUUCAUUUUUAGGCUUUUCUUCUCUUAUGAAUUUCUAUUCUAAUUUGGAUCAAGUUGGUUCCAGUAUUGUAAACAUCUUAUCAUC